CUGACACGCUUGUUUUCAAGUAUUUACCCAAGUUGGUUCAUAUGUAAGAGUUAUUCUUAUGAAUGGAAUUUUGCAGUUGCCUCGGCCUUUGAAUCACUUCACUCCAUCCUCUUUGUUGUUCGAUUCAAUUCCUUACCUUCCUGUAAUUCAAGGGUUGUAAAUAAGUGUGUGGCUUCGAAGAACUGACUCGAAAGCUGUGGAUGGAAAGGAGCCUUAGUCAGGCAAUCAAGGGAAGCGCACACAGACAUGUUUCGCCUGUGUGUUGUUGGAAGUGGGGGCGUGGGCAAAAGCUCUUUGACCAUUCGUUACCUGAAGAAUGAGUUCACUGAGUACUAUGACCCCACAUUAGAGGAAACAUACAGAAAGGAGAUUGAAUAUAAUGGCAAGCUUUAUGAUGUGGAGAUAGUAGACACUGCAGGUCAAGAAGAGUUUAGUUCUUUCCGUGAUUCAUCGGUUGCAACUGGGGAUGCAUUCCUGGUACUAUUUGCCAUAAAUUCCACCUCAAGUUGGCAUGAACUCAAGGAUUUAAGAAGCAAGAUCAUUCAGGAUAGGCAAUUGAGUUCCACUAUACCCAUGGUCUUGGUGGCCAAUAAGUUGGAUUUAGACGGUGAACGUGAAGUUAACAAGGAUGAAGUGCUGGAAUACUGCAAUUCAGCCGAGGUCAAUAUUCCAUUAAUUGAAACAUCAGCCAAGACUGGAUUAAAUGUCGAGGAAUCAUUUCAACUGAUGAUGCAGCAGAUUCAAAGAAUUCAACCAGCACUGUUAGAAAGAACAGUACCCAAAAAUCAUGCGAACAAACCACAGAAAAAAGAUAAUUGUGUUAUCCUCUAAGAUUAGUAGAUAAUUAGAUUUAAUUUUUGCAGCUGAGUAGGAAGAGGAAAAGGAUUUUGAUAUUAAAAACAUUUGCUGGCAAGAAGGACUUUUGUCAUUACAGGGUAUCAGUUCUGCUUUCUGUGGGUCAAUUUGGGAUGGGAACACAUACUGACAGCUUUAACACAGUGUUUUCAAUUACAGUUUUACAAUCCCUUGAAGUUUUGGACAGAAAGCAACAAUAAUGCGGGAGAUUUGUGUUUAAGCUGGUUGUGUUGUGUAAUUCAGCAAAAAAAAAAAGUAAAGAAACGAAAAAGACUAGCUCCCAGCCUUACAGCAUAAAUUUAUAGCUGUAAUAGUAUUUUGACUUUUAUGUGGCUAAAAAAUGAAGAAUAUGUGGACAUUUUAUGGCCACUGUAUGGUGACUGUGACCACUAUUUGGAAAGAAUAAACAAAUUUUCAGGCAG